CCUCAGGGGGAGGAGAGCUGGGCACAGAGAGCCUUUAAACAGCGGAGUGACAGUGCUCCCAGGCCAGGACUUCCUUUGUAACCCCCGAUUUCUGUCUGGAUGGCGACCCUUUUAAAGAGCAGCGGAACGGAUCUCCACCGAGAGCCGUAUGUUUUGUAUCAGAGCCGCAGACUAUGUCUUUGCACUGAAAUUGUACUGAAGACCUUUGCAGCCGACCUUGGAGGAUACGCCCCGUUCAUGAGCGUUCCUAUUUAAGCUUUCUCCGGUGGCUGGUGUGUUGGUGCUGCGAGAGGGGCUUUGGGGGUCUUUUGCUUUGGUUUUUGGGGGUUUUUUUUGGUUUGGUAUUGCUGUUUUGCUCUGUGCACCAUGUCGAAUUCGGGCUCCCAUCAAGACACUGGGAACAAGCCAGACACGUUGGAAAAAAAUAACCAAGAUGACUCUCACCCCCCUGUCAACUCCGAGAGGAGGAACAAAAGUGGAAUAAUAAGUGAACCUUUGAACAAAAGUCUUAAGAAGUCCCGUCCACUCUCCCACUAUUCCACCUUUGGUAGCAGCAGCUCGGUAAGCGAACAUUCAGAGAAAGGCACCUCCUUAACUAAUGGCAAUGAAGCAACUGUGGAUAAAAGUAAUUCUACCUCAAAGCACAAAAACAUCUCUAGUAUGCUGAGCAAAUUAGACAGGGUGUCAGAAAUCUCCUCAGAAGGACAGAACGCCCUACAACAGUUUGCUCAGUCGACAGAAAUGCUCAAAAGAGUGGUACAGGAGCAUAUUCCUCUAGCAAGCGACCAUGGGACUGGUAUCUCUGAUAUGGAGGCGGUCUCAGCUGCAGAGACAAUGAACAGCCCCUCUGAUUUUCCUUACCUGGGGGCUUUUCCCAUCAACCCAGGCCUUUUCAUUAUGACCCCCGCUGGCGUGUUUCUGGCAGAGAGCGCGCUCCAUAUGGCUGGCUUGGCAGAGUAUCCAAUGCAGAAUGAAUUGGCAUCUGCCAUCAAUUCGGGGAAAAAGAAACGGAAAAGAUGUGGCAUGUGCCCGCCCUGCCGAAGACGGAUAAACUGCGAGCAGUGCAGCAGUUGUAGGAAUCGCAAAACUGGCCACCAGAUUUGCAAAUUCCGAAAAUGUGAAGAACUCAAAAAGAAGCCUUCUGCAGCACUGGAGAAGGUGAUGCUUCCUACAGGAGCUGCGUUCAGAUGGUUUCAGUAGGAAUGGGAAUCCCAAAGCUCUGUCAUCCAAGUGCAAUGUCACUGCUUGCUUGUGUUGUCUCAGGCAAGGGAUUUUUGGCUGAAAUGAAUGGAUGCACCUGUGUCUCUUUAGAACCAAAAAUAUUUUCUCGCAAAAUUUCAUUCCUGUUUUUAUAAUUUUUUUUUUGCGUUUGUUUAACAUCUUCGAGUCCUAGUCAGACAUUUAACUGCUUUUCAAAUAAAAUAAUUAAAAGAAAAAAACAAUGGAUCUGUAAAGUACCAAGACUUAAUAGACAGAGUAUGGACAAUCAGUUUCUUUCUGUGUUUUGGUGUUGAUGUUGUUUAUGUGUGAAAGAUGCAGUACUUGUGUAGGGAAUGUAAAUUUACAGUAACCUUUUAAAAUCUAGUUACUAAUAAGCACUACUGUAAUUUAGCACAGUUGUUUAAUUGCACCCUCAUUUAUACUUUUUAUUUGAUUAUUUCCCAUCAUACAAUAGAGUGGAUAGUUUCUAGAAUGCCUCAACUUCAUGUUUAUAAAUGAGAAUAUGUUUAAAGCGAUGUAGUAUCCCUUUUCCUAGCCAUUCACGUAUGUAAGUUUAACCAGCAAGAGGUUUGGUAUAAAAGACGAAAGAAAACAAUUACUACAAAAACGGCGGUCCUUGAAAAAGGAAAAAAAAGAAGAAAAAAAAAAGAAAAACAUGUCAUUGUUAGUUUAUUAAUAUAGAACAAGAAAUACUGCAUACAGAAAAAACUCCUAAUUGCAAUGGUUUACUUCUAGAAGUCAUUUUUGUAAACUUACUGAAGUUAAAAUCAAAAUAAAAAUAAUAUUGCAGGACCUGUGCUGAAGCAGUUACGAAAAGUGAUAUUUCUCUUCUGUUCAAAUCCCCGUCUCUCCAGCUCUCUCUACAUCAUUAAAUUGAAAUGCUGUUUGUAAUGUUUUAGCGAUCCAGGCUGUUUUUGUGAAUAAAAUGAAUGCAUGUUUUGUGUCAUGA